CAAGGAUCUCUCUCGUGUGCAUCCUUCUUCAAAGCAAACCAAAGAUGUUCCAACUUGGGAGCCUUGUUGUCUUGUGUGGCCUGCUCAUUGGGAACUCAGAGUCACUUCUUGGUGAACUUGGCAGCGCUGUGAAUAAUUUGAAAAUUCUGAAUCCUCCCUCUGAAGCUGUCCCUCAGAACCUGAAUCUGGAUGUGGAGUUGCUUCAGCAAGCCACAAGUUGGCCAUUAGCCAAGAACAGCAUUCUAGAAACGUUGAACACAGCGGACCUUGGCAAUUUAAAAAGCUUUACAUCUUUGAAUGGUUUAUUGUUGAAAAUCAAUAAUCUCAAAGUCCUGGAUUUUCAAGCUAAGCUGUCUUCCAACGGCAAUGGCAUUGAUCUGACGGUGCCCUUGGCUGGGGAAGCCUCCUUGGUUCUGCCUUUCAUUGGCAAGACGGUCGACAUUUCUGUUUCCUUGGACCUCAUAAAUUCACUCUCCAUUAAAACCAAUGCCCAGACUGGCCUUCCUGAGGUGACCAUAGGCAAAUGCUCCAGUAAUACAGAUAAAAUCUCCAUUUCCUUGUUGGGAAGACGAUUACCCAUCAUCAACAGUAUUCUGGAUGGUGUCUCUACCCUCCUUACAAGUACAUUGUCAACCGUCCUGCAAAACUUCCUAUGUCCAUUGCUUCAGUACGUCCUCAGCACACUGAAUCCAAGUGUUCUUCAGGGUCUCCUCUCUAAUCUACUGGCAGGACAGGUACAACUUGCCCUCUGAAGAGGAAGAACAGAAGGAUGCCACAACUCUCCUGCUGGCUACUCUCCAGUGGUUUCAUCUUACUUCUGAUGGCAUUUCCCUCUAGAAAGUGCUACUAUCAUCCACACAUUUCUACCUGAGACCACCCAAAGGACCCUCCCAAAUUCUCUUCCUCUCUGAGUAGUCUCCACACCUGUUACCACCAUCCCAGAAUUAAAAUCCUAACUGCA